ACCGGAAGUGGUGGGGUCGCAGUGAAGUUGCCGUUGGAAGCAUCAGCAGGAAGAGGAGGCCUCGCCGGGAGCCAGCGAGCGAUUGAUUUGUCUUGCUCUCUCGAGGAAAGAUGAGUCACUCGGCCGAGGAGGAUCGCCGUCCGUCGUCGGGGAGCGAUCCCGGCAGCAGCAGCAGCAGCGGCGGCGGAGGAGGAGUCCGGAAUCCCGAGAAACGGAGACUGCAGCGGGAGGACGACGAGGAUGAGGAGGAUCGGGUGAACGGGCCGAAAGUCCGGAAAAUAGAUGAGGGUUACUGCAGCAAAGUGGCCGCACACUACAAUGAGCUUCAAGAAUGUGGCUUGGCAGUACGUAAUCAGAGUCGUAUCUUUUACUUGCGAAACUUCAAUAACUGGAUCAAGAGUGUCCUUAUUGGUGAGUAUCUUGAAAAUGUAAAGCUGAGAAAUAGACACAACAUCACUGUCUUGGACUUGGGCUGUGGAAAAGGUGGUGAUUUACUGAAAUGGAAAAAAGGACAAAUUAAUAAGUUAGUUUGUGUCGAUAUUGCUGAUGUUUCUGUCGAACAGUGCAUUCACCGGUACACUGACAUGAAAAACAGAUGUUAUUCAAACGAACAUCUUUUUGCUGCAGAAUUUAUAAGAGCAGACUGUACGAAGGAGUUGCUGACUGAGAAGUAUCAGGAUCCUGAUGUAGUCUUUGACAUCUGCAGCUGUCAGUUUGUCUACCAUUAUUCCUUUGAAACAUUACAACAGGCAGACACCAUGCUGAAGAAUGCGUGUGAACGCUUGCGUCCGGGAGGGUACUUCAUUGGAACUACACCAAAUGCUUUUGAACUUGUAAAACGUCUGGAGGCAUCAGAAACCAGCUCGUUUGGAAAUGAAUUGUACAGUGUAACAUUUCAAAAGAAGGGAGAAUACCCACUGUUUGGCUGUCAAUAUGACUUCAACUUGGAAGGAGUCGUUAACGUCCCUGAAUUCCUUGUUUAUUUUCCACUGUUUGAAGAGAUGGCUAAAAAGCACAAGAUGAAGCUCGUCUUAAGAAAAUCUUUUGCAGAGUUUUUCAAAGAGAAGGUCCAGAAUUCAGAACAUAAAAUACUGUUGAAGAAAAUGAAGUCAUUAGAGCAAUACCCUAGUGCAGAAAAUAAAGGUACUCCAACAUUUAACCAGCAGGAUUAUGAGCAUGCAGAAGAAUACCUGAAGAAUCCACAAGCAAGACCCCCAUUUGGAACGUUAAGCAAAUCUGAGUGGGAGGCCACAAGUAUUUACUUGGUAUUUGCAUUUGAAAAGUUGCCAUAAGAAAACAAACAAACCUCAAUUUCUCGCUUCAAUCUUUGGUACCUAAAGAAGCUCCAGUACUAGAGAGGACUUAAUUCUAGCAGUUGUUUGAAACUGCUUUGAAGUACUGUAUUUUAAGACUGACAUUUAUGCCUGUGAAGUCUGGAAGAUAUCUUGGAGAUCUUGGAUUAAAACUGCAGCCCUCGGUGGGCCGGUGUUAAAUUUACAAGAAACGAUGUCUUGCUGGAAUGUUUUUUUUUGUUAAUGUUCUUUGUCAAUACUUGUUUCACUUGCAAGUAUAUAUUUUGUUUAAAACAUUUUUGGAUACUGUACUUUUUUACUUUUAGGAUGACCAAGUUCAAGAAAUGAUGUUAGAAAGUUGAAUUGAUUGUUAAUUAUAUUAUAAAAUAAAAUAUACAUUAAAGAA